AUGGUGUACGAGGCGAAGCCGUUUGAUCCAAUAACUGUCAAACCUAAUGAGAAGAGAAGGGUGGCCUACUUUUAUGAUGCAGACGUUGGUAACUUCUCCUAUGGUCAGUAUCAUCCGAUGAAACCUCAUCGAAUAAGAAUGGCCCACUCGCUGAUAAUGAAUUAUGGGCUAUACAAGAAGAUGGAAAUUUAUAGGGCGAAACCAGCCACUAAGCAGGAGAUGUGCCAAUUUCACACCGACGAGUAUAUCGACUUCUUAUCGAGAGUCACUCCCGACAAUCUGGAAUUGUUUAAGAAAGAGAGUGUUAAAUUCAAUGUUGGUGAUGAUUGCCCUGUGUUCGAUGGGUUGUACGAGUAUUGUAGUAUAUCAGGAGGUGGAUCCAUGGAGGGAGCAGCCAGGCUCAAUAGAGGAAAAUGUGACGUUGCAAUCAACUAUGCGGGAGGACUGCAUCAUGCCAAGAAGGCAGAAGCUUCAGGUUUCUGUUACUUGAACGAUAUAGUACUUGGUAUUAUCGAAUUACUGAGGUACCACCCAAGAGUUCUAUACAUCGACAUCGACGUGCAUCAUGGUGAUGGUGUUGAAGAAGCAUUCUAUACUACCGAUAGGGUAAUGACUUGCUCUUUUCACAAGUAUGGUGAAUUUUUUCCUGGCACUGGUGAGUUAAGAGACAUUGGUGUUGGGAGUGGUAAAUACUACGCGGUCAAUGUUCCGUUAAGAGACGGUAUCGACGAUGCAACUUUUAGAAACGUCUUCGAGCCCGUUGUGGGCAAAAUUAUGGAGUGGUAUCAACCAGCUGCAGUGGUUCUUCAGUGUGGCGGUGACUCUCUUUCCGGAGAUAGGCUAGGUUGUUUCAAUUUAUCAAUGCGUGGUCAUGCCAAUUGUGUGAAUUACGUGAAAUCUUUUGGUAUUCCAAUGAUGGUUGUUGGUGGUGGUGGUUACACGAUGCGUAAUGUUGCCAGAACGUGGUGUUUCGAGACAGGUCUACUAAAUAACGUGAUCCUAGACUCCGAGCUACCUUACAACGACUAUUACGAAUACUACGGACCAGAUUACAAGCUCGAUGUCAGACCCUCUAACAUGUACAAUGUGAACACCCCAGAGUAUUUGGAUAAGAUCGUCCGCUCAAUUUUUGAGAAUUUGGAGAAUACAAAAUAUGCUCCAAGUGUUCAGCUAAACAACGUCCCUAAGGACCCAGAAGACCUGGGAGAUGUAGCAGAAGAUACCGCACAGGCGAAGGACACCAAAGGUGGGUCGCAAUAUGCAAGAGAUCAACAAAUCGAACAGGACAAUGAAUUCUAUUGA